GGUGACGCCCAGUCAGCCUUGAACAGAAGAGACAGGAAGUGCGAGUAGACGCUAGGAGGGCAGAGUUGUUGUGGAGCGUGUUGGGAAGCGCCCUGCUGUUGCUCGGUAUUUUUGUUAGGGCGUCGCGUAGGUCGUGGAUAAAUGCAGUGAUUCAUCGCAGAGUUAAAGUUAUUUUCCCAAACCUCCGUUAAGUACGAUUGUUGUGGGUGUAUCGAUAGUGUAAGAUGAAUGGUAAAUCAUCGAACAACACGGCAGGCGGAACGCUGGCCUGCAUCGAGGGACUACCCCCACUGCCCAAGAGCUUAAGCGGCUUGCUGAAUUCAAGCGGCGGCUCCUGGAGAGAGAUGGAGAGGAUGUACGCAAAGAAGACCAUGAUCCAAGACGACCUAAGCCGUGGCCGCAGUAAUGCAGACAAUUUACUGGCAAAUAAACCUGCCAACCUUGAUGCUGCCCUGGCUCUUCUCAGAAAGGAAAUGGUGGGGUUGCGGCAGCAGGAUAUGUCUCUGCUGUGUCAGCUCUGGUCACUCCAUGAGUCAAUCCAGGACUACAAGGGCAGUUGUCAGGACCUCACGGCCGGUUCCAGUGCUGAUGGACCCUAUGAAAAUGGCUACUUUGACGAGGAUGACGAAUAUUUCCAGGAUUCAAGUAUAACUCCUACUGAGCAGCCAGAUGGGAAAGAUACCUCUCCCCAAAAUGGAGCAGCCAAGGAUAAGUGGCUGCAUGACUCUUUCCACAUCACCAUCUGAGAAAGGCCUCCAGUACAAGAUCGGAUUGGUGCUGGAGCUCAUAUCAGCCUGCUCAACUUUAGAGCUUGUUUGUUUGUUUGUUUGUUUCAUUUUUGUUUUGUUUAGAAAAGAGGUGCCUGCAUUUUUAUUAUGCCAACCUCCUUUUCUGCAGACUUUUCUAUAAAGGUAUAAACAAAGUUGAUUAUUUAUUAUACAGUAUAAACAAUAUAGUAUUUUUCUUGUGAUUUAUUUUUUUUCUUUCUUUCUUUCUAAAGACAUUUUAAAAUGUAUAUGUUUUGGUUGUGAGGAGUGUGUCUAGCACAUCUCCAGUAAUCAUGUUUACAGUAUAAUACAAACAGAAUCCCUUAAAAAACACGGACGACUGUGUGUAAGCAUUACUGUAGAACAUCAGUUGAUAGACAUGGGGGGUGGUGAAGAGUCUCGGGUUUCGACACGAACCAAUAAUUCAAACUUGUCGAGUGGCAAGCGACAACUGUGACCUGGCGAAAACGUGAGUGCUGUUCUUGGCUGGAUGUAACUGAUAUAGUUGGGGGGGAAAUGUGAAAUGACUAAAUGCUGGAUCGAUGGCAUGGGUACAUGGUGAAACAAGGGUACGCACAAGUGUGCUUCUCAACUUGUCCUCCCUUGAACUGUUUUGGGAGGCAUCCCUCAGUUUCAGUAUACUAGCCUAUCAUUGCAUUCCUCUGUUGAAAGCAUAGCUGUAUCGAAUAGAACAGAGAAGUGAAAUCAUAUGUUUCUCAUAUAAGUGUAGUCCCAUGCAAUCAUAUCGUUGUAUUGUAUCUGUUUGAUUUGGGAAGGCUUAAUUCAAUUGACUGGUGAGCUUUUUGCAGGUAUAUUCGCUCUCACCACACCACAAAAUGUAUGGUGCUUAUUCUGUCUUCCACUGACAUUAGUUUUGUCAACCUACAAUGCAUCACAGUGACAUCUCGUCAAACAGCAUAAUCAUAAAAAGCUACCCUCUGAAUGAUAAUUAUAUAUAAAAGCUUACAAGUUUGUUCCCGCAAACUGUUAAUGUGAAACAGAUUGUAUACAGCCUUUUAAAGAGUAUUGUUUGAAGCAAGUUCAAUUAAGGUACAAUAACCAAAGAAAUUGUUACAUAUUUUUUGCUAAGGAUUACUGCUACAAACACAAUGCUGUAUGAUGACUAUAACCUCCAAUGCGUUGUCUGUAAACAUUUCUUCGCAAGUUAAUGUUUUAGUAUCUUUUCGCAAAUUAGUCUUGUGCUGUGAUCGACUGUACAUUUUGACAGGGUGGAUUUUGUAUGAAUAUCAAAGGCCGAAAUUUCUCUUGAGUGUAAAAUGUAACUUGACAGAAUGGUUUUGAGCACUUGGUAUGUAUCAUGAACAUGCUAAUAGACACUGCUGCAGAUGAUCAUCAUCGUCUUCUCAGCCAUUCUGAUAAUGAGUUAUAACCUUUUCCAGUUCUUUCCUUACCAUUUAGUGCAUCUGAGCGUUAGUUGAUUUCCAGCCCGUUUCCUUUCGUAUGAAGUAGAGGCAGUUUUGCCAUUUCUCCUCAUCUGGUUUAUGGUUGUAGUGGUAAAUGUGGAAUCAUCUGAAGUUAAAAGCCCUCCAACAUUGAUGUUUUGACAAAGUCUCAUUUUGAAUGAAUGGAUUCCUAGAAUUCUGGGGAGCCGAGGCACAAUAGAUGAACAGUUAAUUGUUUUUCUGUUGACUAACCAGGCUUUUGUGUCCUCGGCAGCAUAAAUUCUUUCACUCUGUGCCUUUCUAUGCCAUGGACCUCUAUCAUGGCCACUGCUGUUGCUUGCCCCUUCAAAACUAACAGCACUUUUGUUGAUUCAAGUCAUCCAUUCAUUCAGUGAAACCACCGAAUGCAGAAAACUGGAAAAAAAAAUCUCAGACAAGCCUAAAUGUAAGCAUUCACCAGCAACAGACUUGCACUCAAACCAGCUACGUCCUGGAGUUUGGGACUUUCUUACAAACCUUGGGUUUACAAUCACAUUUUGUGUGGUCAGAAUGCAGGUUGUGGUUGUCUGUAUGCAGUCCACAUCGAAGGUCAGAUAAAGCAAUAUGAAGUGCAUACCAACACUUCUGUUAUCUUCUUCAAUUGUAGGUCUCCAGCACUACUUCCGAGUGGAAACCCCUGAUAAGAAUAUGGGGGGGAAAGCAUUGUAUUUCUAAAAUGUGUGCUGUUACAGAAUUAUGAUUUGCAUAGCUUGUUAUUCCCCACGCCUUUGAUUCAUUUGGGUUUCAUUCCAUUCCUCAUAUUUAUUUCUCCUUUAAAGAAUGACCAUACUACUGUAUGUUUUGGAAGAUUGUUUUUUAUGCUCUCUCAUGAUAAAUAUAAUUACUGAUUAAAUAAAUACUUUUAUCAAGAGGA